AUGUGCAGAGACAAGUCUGAAUCAAGAGCAUCAGGUGUCGCGCCUCAAUUAAGCAUCAAACCUCCCUCUCGCUGUUCAUCUUCAACACAAACAACAUUAAAGCCUCCAUUCCGCGAUACCGUCGACUUCAAUCUUCCUUCCACUAAACCAUCACCGCAACUUCAAUUUCAUCUUCAAUCUUUCAUUCAACUUAAAUCACCCACCUUCUCCUCAUACCCAACCUUCACACAAGCUCCCUCUGUUCGAAACCAUAACCCAGCGCCCCACCGUUCUCAUCUUCAUCACCGGUCUUCCUCUCUCAACCAAACACCAUCCGUGAAGCUCAUCACCUCCUUCAACAACUUCAGCAACUCACCUUCUUCCGCCGCUGCUAAACACUUCGACUAUAUCGAGAAACUACUCGAACACCAGAAAACGUUACCGCAGUCCCGCAGUGAAGGCUUCGUCAUUCGGAUUAUCACCUUGUAUGGGAAGGCUGGUAUGGUUCGUCACGCGCUUGAUACUUUUUAUGAAAUGCAUUGUUUUAAAUGUCGUACAACUGUUAAAUCUUUCAAUGCCGCGCUUAAUGUUUUGGUUUCCAAUCGGAGAUUUCAUGAGGUUGUUAAGUUUUUAGAUGAGGUUCCCUCUAGGUUUAAUAUUAAAUUAGAUGUUUAUUCUGUUAACAUUGCUGUUAAGGCCUUUUGUGAAGGUGACAAGUUUCAAGAGGCUUAUUUGUUUAUGAUUGAUUGUGAGAAUAAUAAAGUUGGGAAGCCGGAUGCUGUUUUGGUUGAAUUGGCUAAGGAAGUUGGGGCGGAUGCGGUUUAUGCCUACAGAGAGGUUUCUCAUGAGGAGGAGAAGAUUGAGGGUGUGAUGGAAAAGGAGAGUAUUUCUCACAUCACAAACAUUAUCAUCAAUCUUCCGUCAACAGUAGCAGCUUACGCACGCGAGCGGUAUUCCACCAAUCAUACAGCAACUUCAGCACCUUUGCUUUGA